UUUUUUUCAAGCAAGGUUUAAGGGAGUUAUACUCCAGUCUAGUAGGUGGCGGUAAUGCAGCAUUUAUUGGAUACCAACUGCCGUUAAACCUCAUCAAAGAAAAGAAGGCUGAUCCAGCAUGGCGGCGCUUAAGAGACUCAAACUCGUGGCAGCGUUGCAGCCAGGAUUCAUAUCUUUAAAAUCGUCGGCCGAAUCAGAUGACUUGAACAGUGGCCGGAGGAAGCGUAAGAAUAAGAAAAAGAAAAAGAAUUGGAACAAACACAUUGAUAUUAAAGAUAUCGAAGAGUUUUUGGAUGCCGUGAGACUUCAGGAAAGAGCUACAGGAGGACUGAUAUCUGAGAAGCCAGAUGAUAGCCUGUUCUUUGUGGACAUCGGAGAGCAGAAAAAAAGUGUCCUGCCAGAAGUCCAAGAGAGAAAGAAGGGGAAGAAGUCAAAGUCACGGCCCCUGAGGAUAGACCUGAUCCUGCAGCAUGAGUCCCUUGUCCCUCCACCUAAAGAUGUUUUGGCCUACCAGCAACCAAACGCAAAGAAACUCCGCCGCAUUGCAGAGAAUGCUGAGAAAUUGGCGGCCAUGGGUGUGUUGUCACGGAGACAGAAACGGCUCUUGAACCGCAGACAGGCAACUAAAACGUCAAAGGCAAAGACGGCAGCCAACAACUUCCCAGACAGACCCUAUUAUGACUUGUGGGGAGGAGAGGCCAAAGAGACCGCAGAUCCUUACUACCUUGAGCAAACGGGGAAAAGGCGUGUGAAGCGACCAGAGAAGCUGAACGCAAAGCCCUCUAUUCUCCCGGCAGUGGAGGUCAUAACCCCUGGAGGCUCCUACAACCCAGACUUCUUCUCCCAUCAGUCCUUUUUACAAGAGGCCCAUGAGGUGGAGGUGAAGAGGGAGAGAGCGGAGCUGAGAAUCGAGAGACAGCUGGCUGUCAAACGAGAGGAUACUGCCACUGAGGAGACAGUCUUCCAGGAACUAGUGGAAGGGUUAGUGGAGGAGGAGGAGGAGGAGGAAGAGGAGGAUGAUGUUUCUAUUCGUGGUGGCUUGCAGCAGGAGAAAAAGACAGAGAAAGAAAGGAAGAGAGAGCGAGCCGACAAGAUAAAGUCACAACAGAAGCAGGCGGCAAGGGUGUUCACUGACAAGAAGCAGCAGCUCUUCCAGCUGCGCUCCACCCAGGCGACCCUGAAGAGGCGGGAGCAGCGGACCAGAGAGAGGGUGGCCCAGCGGAAGGCCAACCAGGAGGCAGAGAAGUCCAUGCCCCGACGUCUCGGCAGACUCAAGUUCCAGGCUCAGGAUCUAGAGAUCCAGCUGAGUGAUGAGAUUCCUGGAUCCCUGCGGACACUCAAGCCAGAGGGCAGUGUCCCCAAGGACCGCUUCAAGAGUAUGCAAAAGAGGAACAUGAUUGAGCCCAGAGAACGAGCCAAGUUCAAGAGGAGACACAAGGUGAAGUAUGUUGAGAAGAGGGCCUUCAGGGAGAUCACCUAGAGACCAAACCAACCUCUGGAACUGUUCAGGACUGUGAUGUCACUCACAACACAGCCUCACCCACCGCCACUGGGCGACAGCCAGCCAAAGAGCUACUAUUUGCCCCCUCAAAUGUCUCCAAUCAACUCGGCCCAUUUUAAGUCAGUGAUGGAUUUGCCACCCUUUUAAAUCUGUGUUGUUGGAAAAUAUUGAAGAUCCAAGUCACCACGAUUUGGAACAUUAUUUGCUGUGCAAUGAUAUUUUCACGCACCAGCCCAAUCCAGAUGGCGCCCGUCAGAUUCAGGGUCAGUUCUAAUGCAUUUGGAUAUUUAAAUACACUGAUUCUGGGUCUGUCGGCAUCAGUUGGGAAUGUUAAAGGCUUCAGAAAGGGGGCUCUCUCCUGUCCCUCUCCCAGUUGGUGAUCUUGUCUUUUGUUCUUGCAAAACCAAGAUUAAUGCCCUCAUUAGAAGGAGUGAAUUCUUGAGUGAAUAACAAGGCUGUUAAUGGAAGAAAAACGUUUAAAGCCACUUGUCAACAUGUGGACUUCGGUACAUUCUUUCAGUUAUAUCUGUUGUGUACAAAGUCACUUGAUUUGCUGUAAUCUGACUUGAUUUCAUUAAAGCAAGUUAAUUAAUGAAA